UCAUAUACCAACUUGUACACACACUUAUUGUGUCCAUUCGACAAUGAAAUUGUGAUGCUGUUCCGUUACAAGUGUCCACGCAGAAACUACAACGACGAAGUAGUUCUCUUUUCUUCUUUUAUUUAUUAGUAUUUUUCUAUCGUUAAAAAUACUUUUGUUUGUGAUAUGGGUUUUACUGUGUGCAAUAGUGAGAUGAAUUAAAUGUACAAAGUUACAGUGAAUUUUUUAAAAUUUUGACGUGUUUAUCAUUUGGUAUAUGUCAGUUACCAACACAUAUCGUUUUAAUUUUGUCAUUUAUCUUUGAGGAAAUAAAGUAAACACAGUCAUGGAAGGCGAUAAGAGCUCGAGCGAAACACAGCGUUUCAAGCCAAAAAUUAAAAUUGUCGUACAACCGUCGAAUUCGCGAUUCGGGUACAAGGAUGAACAACGUGCCAGUUUUAUACAAGGUUCAGAAGCCUAUCCAGCAAUUCGGAUACACAACUAUCGUGGACCAGUAACCGUCAUUAUUUCCUGCGUUACUGUAGAUCCUCCUUACAAACCACAUCCUUGUAAACUUUUUAACGGGAACACUAUGGACAAGCAUGGAGUUUGUCACAUCUAUGUGCAUCGAACAAAGAAACAAAUCCAUUUUAAGAACCUGUUCGUUGAAUCCGUUAAUGUAGAAGACGUAGUCGAAUCCUUAACGGAAAGGGAGCGCAAGAAAGUUGAUCCGUUUAAGAUCGUGCUUGCAGCGGGCUUUGCACACAAAGAUUCACCUGAAGACAUCAGUCUAAACUCCGUGCGCCUGUGCUUUCAAGUGAUCCUGCAUUCGUUCGCAUCCGGUUCUAUUGAAGUAGACCCCGUUGUGUCUGAUCCAAUACAUAACACCUGCAAAAGACUGAACAUAAAAACAUUGAGAAAAAAAACAAAUUAUCUCAAUAUUUGUUAUCUCAGUCAUAAUUCGGCAACAGUUGCUGGUGGAUUGAAAAUAUGCAUUCUGUGCGAGAGAGUACCAAGAAACGACAUUGAAGUUCGAUUCUUUCACAAGGACAGUAAAUGGGAAGCUUUCGGAAGAUUCGUCGGGCCAAGUAUUUUUCAAAAGGUAGCAAUAAUAAUUGAAACACCUGAAUUCAAAACCGAUACCCUUAGCCCAGAAAGCAUAAAAGAACCGAUUGAAGUGAACGUUCAAUUGAAGCAACCAUCGAAUGGACAUGUAAGUGAUCCAAUACCUUUUCAAUUGUUACCAUUGGCAGAAUCAGAUUAUCAGUCCAGCGAAACCGCUAAUGGGUUAUCCUUGAAAAGAAAAAAAUCGUACUAUACAAAAGCAUCAAGUAUUUCGACUUGUAAAGCCCUGCAAGAUGAAGUACUGAAAGAUAAGGAUGAACUGUUGAAUGACUUUCCAUGUGAACCUUGGGAAUUGCCACCAGUGCCACCAGUUACAAGUUCAACGAGAACGACUGAAUCGAGUAAACUGAUACCAAAUAUUUCGGCUGCAAAAUUGCAAUCGGAGGAACUCGCAGCUGUUAUCAAUUUAUACGUGGAAUUUCUAAGGGGAUCAUCAACAUGUGAUUCGACGGGUACCCCAAUAAACUUUGGAGAACCAUGUAACUCGAUAGAAGAUGUAAUGGAGCUGAUUGACAAAGAUUGGAAUUCAAGUAAAACUGUUUCAAAUCCAACCGACAAGAGCGUAUUGCCAUAUAAACCGCAAAUAAAUGUUUCCACUAUUAGUUUGCCAUCAAAUGAAGUCGUCAACAUUAAUGAACCGAAUAGCAACACGAAGUCUGACAUGCAACAAAUGGCUGAUUCUGUUCACACUGAAGUAACGCAACCAAGUUAUGAUCUUGACGAUCUCAUUUUGUCUGAAUUGAUCUUGGAUCUAAACUUAAACAUCGAAGAUAUUCAUUUAGAAACAUGACACAGUGAAUAGGACAGCAAAAAAGAAAGUAGAUUAGAAAAUUUUAUAAAAUGUUUGACAAGUGCAGUGAUGUAUAAAAAAAAACGAACGAUGUAGAUAUGGAAGAAGAAUCUAAAGAAUCUGGAUACAUAUUUUUUAUACGUUUUCAAAGUAUGAAUUUGCACUUGGAAAUAAUGAUAAGACUUUGUACAUGCGUCUAUGUAUGCAAAAGUUUAUCGAUUACCAUACUACCUAUAUUGUGCACCGAGAGCGUGAUGUAGGCUGUUUUAGACCAAGUGUGGAGGUUGCAGCACGAGUUAAAGCGAGUAGCCCGAGCCGCAGAAGAAGAGUACUGCAAUAUCCACACGAGGUCAAAAAUCCCGCUUAGUCCUUGGUGCAGACCAUAGUUUUUGUAA